GCCCUAACCUGAGCCCGCCUCCUUUUUUUUAGCUUAUCCACCCUCUGCUGCUACUUCCACUUUCUCGGGAGCCCCUUCGUCCCAAAAGCGGCUCAACAGCACACACCAUCCCGGGUGCGGCUUAUUCCACCUCCUCUCCCCCAGCCGGUCGGCCACUUUCUCCUUCUCACCCGUGUUUUCUCUUGGAAGGAGGGACCAGGAGUUGGCCUUGCUCAUCACGGGACUGUGGGGGAUCAGAAUUUUACCUUUUUUUCUAAAGGAGCAACGCGAUUUUUAUUGAUUUUAUUUUCUGAGUCAAAAAAAAUACCAUGAAACUCUGCUUACUUAUUUUGGGGGUCAUUCUUACUCUUGGGAGGCUGUCUUGGGGAGAGGUAGGCCUAGAAAUCCCACAAUACGAUGGCCGGGACCGUGUCCACGAUCUCAAUGCUAAGAACUUCAGAUCCGUGAUGGAGAAGUAUGACGUUAUGGUCAUCUACUACCACCAGCACGUCAGGGACAGCAAGGCAGCCGAGAAACAGUUUGAGAUGGAGGAACUCGCCCUGGAGCUGCUUACCAGCCCUGCUGCUCUAACGUACCAGCUUGCUGCUCAGGUUUUAGAUGAUCUUGAUGACGAGGACAUUGGAUUCGGUCUGAUUGAUGAGAAGACGGACAGUGACGUCGCCAGGAAUCUGGGUUUGGAUGAGGUGGAGAGCAUCUACAUCUUCUAUGACAAUGAGAUAAUUGAGUAUGAUGGAGAACUAGCAGCAGACACCUUGGUUGAGUUCCUCUAUGAUGUGAUCGAAGACCCUGUGGAAAUUAUUUAUAAUGAGCGGGAACUCAAAGGUUUUCACAACAUUGAGGAGGACAUCAAACUGGUGGGCUACUUUAAAAAUGAAAAGUCUCCUCAUUUUGUGGAGUACAAUGAUGCAGCUGAAGAAUUCCACCCAUUCAUUAAGUUCUUUGCUACCUUUGAUGCAAAGAUUGCCAAGAAACUGGACCUGACGAUGAAUGAGGUCGACUUCUAUGAACCUUUCAUGGACAGACCUGUCACAAUACCUGGGAAGCCUUACAUUGAGGCACAGCUUGUUGCUUUCAUUGAAGACCAUGACAGGCCAACCCUGAGGAAACUGGAGCCCCAUAGUAUGUACGAGACCUGGGAAGAUGACAUUAAUGGCCAGCACAUUGUUGCCUUUGCUGAAGAGGAUGAUCCAGAUGGUUAUGAGUUUCUGGAGAUUCUAAUGGAAGUGGCGAAGGAGAACACAGACAACCCCGAUCUCAGUAUCAUAUGGAUUGACCCUGAUGAUUUUCCUUUACUUGUUCCUUACUGGGAGAAGACUUUUGACAUCGACCUGUCUUCCCCUCAGAUUGGUGUUAUUGAUGUUGAAGAUGCUGACAGUGUGUGGCUGGCCAUGGAUGAUGAUGAUGACAUGCCAACAGGAGAUGAGUUAGAGGAGUGGAUUGAAGAUGUUAUAGAAGGCAGGAUAGUUCCCGAUGAUGAUGAUGACGAUGAUGACGAUAACGACGAUGACGAAGAUGAGGAUGAUGACAACAACGAUAAUGAUGAAUAAACCCAUGUAGCCAUCUAUUAAGUUUCUAUCCAAAGGCUGUUUUAAGUCCAGCUCAUCACUUUAACUUUCUUGAUCUGGCAUCGUCAGCACACACCCUCUUGUUAUCUUUAUUUAAACAUUUUUUUUUUUGCUCUUACUCACUAUGACACCAAAGUGCUGUCCUGUCCAAAGAAGCACCUCCUAAUCCCUUGAUCACUCUUUACUCAGGCCUUAAUCAUAAAACCAUCUCAUUUUAGAAUUUGCAGAUUUCAGUUAAAAAAAAUACCUUCUUAUAUGUUACAUUUUGUUAUACUUUAUGCACUUUUCUCAACAGAAUUACUUCUAUUGUAAUCAGGAAUAUCUUUAAAAAAGCCAAAUACAGACUCAGCUUUCUGAGAUGGUGCUGAUGCACUGAUUUCAAUGCAGAAAAUAUGGUAAACAAAAGGUCUCUGUCAUUAACAAUAAAGGAUUUUCCCCAUUCA